GGGACAUAUUCCCAUCUGCAGUUUGCGUUUAGCGCGUGUGUUACGGCAGAGACUCCGUUCAAUUACGGCGGUGGGGUCACGGAGUCACCAUGAACACAGCGAUGACGGCUCGCGAGGUCCGGCAGAAGUUCAUCGACUUCUUUAAGGAUAACGGCCACUCGUACGUCCACUCAUCCGCCACCGUGCCGCUGGACGACCCCACACUGCUCUUCGCCAAUGCGGGCAUGAAUCAGUUUAAGCCGAUCUUCCUCAAUACGAUCGAUCCGUCUCACCCCAUGGCAAAGCUCACCCGCGCAGCAAACACGCAGAAGUGCAUCCGCGCAGGAGGCAAACACAACGAUCUCGACGACGUGGGCAAGGAUGUCUACCAUCACACCUUCUUCGAGAUGCUUGGGUCCUGGUCCUUCGGAGAUUACUUCAAGGAGUUGGCGUGUAAGCUGGCGCUGGAUCUACUCACCAAGGAGUUCGGCAUUGACAUCGAGCGACUGUAUGUCACCUACUUCGGGGGAAACGAGGCGGCUGGACUGGAUCCUGACUUGGAGUGUAAAGGGAUUUGGCUGAGUCUGGGGCUUCCAGAGAGCCGCAUUCUACCAGGAAGCAUGAAGGAUAAUUUCUGGGAGAUGGGGGACACCGGCCCUUGUGGCCCCUGCAGCGAAAUACACUUUGACCGCAUCGGAGGCCGAGAUGCUGCCCAUCUGGUGAAUAUGGACGACCCCGACGUGCUGGAGAUCUGGAACCUGGUGUUCAUCCAGUAUAACCGAGAAUCUGACGGAAGCCUGAAACCUCUGCCUAAGAAGAGCAUCGACACGGGGAUGGGGCUGGAGAGGCUGGUGUCCGUCCUGCAGAACAAGAUGUCCAACUACGACACGGACCUGUUCGUUCCGUACUUUGAAGCCAUUCAGAAGGGCACCGGCGCCCGGCCCUAUUCUGGAAAGGUUGGCGCGGACGAUGUAGAUGGCAUUGAUAUGGCGUACAGAGUGCUGGCAGACCAUGCCCGGACCAUCACCGUGGCGCUUGCUGACGGAGGGAGGCCAGACAACACGGGGCGAGGGUAUGUGCUUCGGCGGAUUCUUCGGCGGGCGGUGAGGUACGCGCACGAGAAACUCAACGCAGCCAAGGGCUUUUUCUCCACACUGGUCGAUGUGGUGGUUGAGUCGCUGGGGGAUGCUUUCCCUGAGCUAAAGAAAGACCCCGAUAUGGUGAAGGAUAUUAUCAACGACGAGGAGAAUCAGUUCCUGAAAACCUUAAACAGGGGGCGCCGCAUCCUCGACCGCAAGAUCCACAGCCUGGGAGACAACAAGAUCAUUCCGGGUGACACCGCGUGGCUGCUGUAUGACACCUAUGGGUUCCCGGUGGAUCUGACCGGUCUCAUUGCUGAAGAGCGGGGUCUUCGUGUCGAUAUGGACAGCUUUGAAGAGGAAAGAAAAGCGGCUCAGCUGAAGUCUCAGGGGAAGGGCUCUGGAGACGAGGACCUUCUAAUGCUCGACAUCUAUGCGAUCGAGGAGCUGCGCGCUCGAGGUUUAGAGCCAACGGAUGACUCUGCAAAGUACCGGUACACGUCCAACACGGAUGGAGUUUAUGGAUUUGAACGUUUGGUGGCAACGGUGAAAGCGAUACGCAGGGAGAAGACCUUCGUGGAGGAAGCCACCACGGGGCAGGAGUGCGGGCUGGUGCUGGACAAGACCUGCUUUUAUGCGGAGCAAGGCGGGCAGACGUACGACGAGGGAUACAUGGUCCGAGAAGAUGACGGCAACGAGGAUAAAUCCGAGUUCACGGUGAGAAACACGCAGGUCCGCGGAGGAUACGUGCUACACGUCGGCACCCUGUACGGCAGCCUGACAGUUGGAGACAAAGUGCAUCUGUAUGUGGAUGAGUCGAGGCGCCGUCCUGUGAUGAGCAAUCACACAGCCACCCACAUUCUGAACUUCGCUCUGCGCUCCGUCCUCGGGGAGGCCGAUCAGAGGGGCUCCUUAGUUGCCCCCGACAGACUAAGAUUUGACUUCACAGCUAAGGGUGCGAUGAGCACCCAGGAGAUCCGCAAAACGGAGGAGAUAGCAAACCAGUUAAUUCAGGAGAACAAGGUUGUGUACGCCUUGGAUUGCCCGCUUGCCGAGGCCAAAGCUAUCCAGGGCCUGCGUGCCGUGUUUGACGAGACGUAUCCUGACCCUGUACGCGUCGUGUCGGUGGGAAUCCCUGUGGAGACUCUGAUUGCCGACCCUUCUGGUCCUGCCGGUUCUGUGACAUCGGUGGAGUUCUGCGGAGGAACACACCUGCAGAAUUCCGGCCACGCCGGUACGUUUGUCAUCGUCACAGAAGAGGCCAUUGCCAAAGGGAUCCGUAGGAUUGUGGCUGUCACCGGGGCCGAGGCGGUAAAGGCUGUGCGCAAACAGGAGGCUCUGAAGGCUGCGCUCUCCGCGUUGGAGGGCAAAGUGAAGCAGCAGACUUCCCCCAACAAGGACGUGCAGAAAGAAAUAGCAGAUCUCAGCGAGACUCUGGCCACAGCCGUCAUCUCUCAGUGGCAAAAGGAUGAGCUCAGAGAGCAGCUAAAAACCUUGAAGAAAGCCAUGGACGAUCUGGACCGUGCCAGCAAAGCCGACAUUCAGAAACGGGUUUUGGAAAAGACUAAACAGCUGAUUGAAAACAACCCCAACCAGCCUCUGCUUGUUCUAGAGAUGGAGAGUGGAGCUUCUGCCAAGGCUCUGAACGAAUCCCUGAAACUCCUGAAGUCUCAGUCGCCAAACACUGCAGCUAUUAUCUUUACUGUAGAUAACGAUGCCGGGAAGAUUACGUGUUUGUGUCAGGUGCCUCAGGAAGCGGCAGAUAAGGGUCUAAAGGCCAGCGAAUGGGUGCAGCAGGUAUGUGAAUUGAUGGAUGGAAAAGGAGGAGGGAAGGACACGUCUGCGCAGGCCACGGGAAAGAAUGUAGGCUGUCUCUCCGAGGUGCUGAGGCUGGCUGAAGACUUUGCUAAACUUAAACUGUCGAAGAACUGAAUGUCAGAUACUCAUCUCCACAUCAACCCCACUCACCACCUCCAGUAAUAUACAGCAGGGGUUCCGUCCAGCAGUGAAGGGGUUGAUUCCGUGGAUCUCUUGUUUCACGCAUGGUAGUCAAAUGCUGCUUUGGCAGACCAGUUUCUUCCAAUAAAUGGAGUGGGACUACUUCCACUGGUUUACACCAGAUUACACGCGUCUCUAGAAAUGUGACGGAUACAUUGAGCCGAAUCCAUCCCUGCUAUUGGGACAUUGCAAAAGCCCCAUCCCCGCUCGGACACGGCUCCCUCUGUUAAAAUCUGUACCGCCGUCGCUGUUCGGGCUCCAUGCUAACAUUCUAAGUAUUGUAUGUUGUAGAAAAUCAUUCAUGUAAAAUAAAAAUCAUGCAACGUCA